AUGGGACUAAUAACUUCAAAAUUGUGGAAACUUUUAUUUACAAAUAAAGAGCAUAAAGUUAUUAUUGUUGGUUUGGAUAAUGCGGGAAAGACAACAAUUUUAUAUCAAUUUGUUACUGGAGAAACAGUUCAUACAGCACCAACAAUAGGAUCAAAUUUUGAAGAAGUUUCUUAUAAAAAUAUACAUUUUGUAAUGUGGGAUAUUGGUGGACAGGAAACUCUUCGAUCAACUUGGUCUACUUAUUAUGAUUCAGCAGAAUUUAUCAUUCUUGUUAUUGAUUCUUUAGAUGUCGAUAGGAUAGAUAUAGUAAAAACGCAACUUAACCUUAUGCUUCAACAUGAAUCUCUUUCUAAAGCUUCCAUACUAAUUUUUGCCAACAAACAAGAUUUGGCAGGUGCUUUAUCAUCAGCUCAAAUAAGUGAAAAAUUAAAACUUACGGACAUAAAAACACAUAAAUGGCAAAUUCAGGGUUGUUGUGCAUUGACUGGAGAUGGUAUUGAUAAGGGACUUGAAUGGAUAAGUGAAAAUGUUAACUAA